AUGGCAGAAACAACAGCUGCAGCUGCUACAGGGACGAUCAAGCGGGAGAAUGACGACCUCCCAGAGCAGGGCAGUGGCCCAAAGAAAGCAAGGUCGACGCCGGCAGUGCAUCGGCCCAACGUUGGAUCCACAAGCUUUGAGUUCGGCUAUCAUCUGAGGCCAUAUCCCUGGGAGCUGAAUUCCUUGCCUCCGCCCGGCAAGCUCUGGGAGAGCAGGGCCAAGGAGGGGGGGCUAGUCUGGUAUGAGCCUGCAUACAAGAAAUCAAUUUUGAGUAAUUCGAUGCCUAUGGAGGAGGACGUCCCGUUCUACUAUCUGCGUACCAACGAGAACGUCUGGCACAUACCCGUCCAGUUACUCUCGCAGGGCGGUCAGGGCGUGAUCGUCCUCUACCGUGAGCUUUGGGGGCUGCCAAACUCACGCAUAUUGCCGAGCACCGAGCCCGUCACCCGUUACGUCGGAAAGCUCAAUUACAGAAGCGGUGAGUUCUUCAAGGAGCUCUCUGCUGCCUUCGACGACGGCGAAUACAUGGGCGGUGACGACGACGAAAUCCCGGUCGACUUCUCCGAGACCUUCAGGGACGAGGUCAUGGCCAACGAGCUGAUGAGGAUGACGGGCACGUCCCACACGGUACGCACGAUCGGCUUUCCAAAACACAGCGACUCGUACUUCCUCAUGGAGCACAUCGAGGACGGCACUCUAGCCGACUAUCGGGGCCCGUGGACCCUGGUGGACGUGUGGCACCUCUUCGAGUGCCUAGUCAAGGCGGCCGCUGUCAUGGCGUGGGGGUCCGAGUACCCGGACUUCAGGAUCAAGGGUUGGCAGCAGAUCAUCCACCUGGAUCUCGUGCCGGAAAACGGUAGGACGCCGAGACAUCUCACCGGCUGCUUUGGCGACAACCCUGCUGACGGAGUCAUAGUCUUUGUCGGCAGAUCAGGGGACCCUUAUCAUUCAUGUGGUUCCCAUCGGUGCUUCAAGGUUGGAGACUAUGGCUAUAACAUUUUAUGGCCGGUAGGGGAUGUCGUGACGAACCCCUUCGAAGACCCAACGGCUCCGGGCAUGGUCAACCACCACCGGAAGGAAAUGGUCGACAUCGAGUCCAAGGAUCGGAGAUACACCGGCCGAGGCAGGGCCCGCCCACCUGAGCAGACACACGCCAUCCAGAAGCUGAACGCCAAGGGCGACCACAAGAUCGCACACAACUACAGCUGGUGGACCAACGUAUGGCAGAUCGGCAAGAUCAUCCAGGGCCUCGACCUCAGUCCCAUCGAGGGCACGACCAAGGCCGCCACGGGGCCCGGCCUCUCGGAAAAACUAGACGGGGACCCCACGGCCGGCACGCCGGGCCACAAGACCCCGCUCGAGCUCUCGGCGCUCACGCACAUGGCGCGGACGGCGUACUGGCGCGCGGCCUCCCGCCCCACCGGCGCCGGCGCCGGCGCCACCGAAGCUAGCGAGAGCCUAUCCCUGGCGCGCCUGCGCCGCCUCGUCGACGCAUGCACCAUGCCGGCGCCGCAGUCGCGCGUCGACAUCUCCAACAUCCUCAUCGAGGUCACGAGGGGGCUGGGCGAGGCGGGGGCCUACUCCGACCCCCGGUGGAGGGAGCCGCCGGUGGUCCAGUGGGAGGCCGACGCACAGGACCGGUUCAUCGGGCUCGCGCAGGGCCGCGUCGAGGAGGACCGGGCCAAGUCCAAGCUCUUGCCCCCCGUCGUCGCCGCCGACGCUGUGAAGGCCCGCGCAGAGGAGCUCCGGGACGCGCUGCAGGGCCUGCUGGUCGAUGGCGAGGACGAGCCGAAGCUGCAGGGGCAGGGGCAGCGGCCGCUACAUGUAGCUGCUGCUGCAGCAGCUGGGGCUUCGCGCGGGUUGUAGGGGGCCGAGAAUGCGAAGGACUCUGAGAGGAUGUUUCGGGCUUCCUUCCAUUGGGUCUCUUGCUUGAUUUUGUGGUCUCAUUGCGUGGUAGUCGUAGUUACAGACUCCUUUCAUUCUAUAGGUUGAAUACUACUACCGUUACAGGCAACCCCAGGGAUCUAGACAGGCAGAGCAUUGGGUAAAUCGUGGCUGUGACUACUGAAUUUCAGGAACAUUGGGCGCAGCUGCCUGCCCCCAUCUUCAGAGCAGCCGGGUUACCCGAUUCAUGGUCUGGACCAGAAUACUUUCAUCCGGCCUUCUACUUGAUCUGUAAAACGAUCACAGUGCCUCUGACGAAAGCGGGCCCGUAUCCUCAUCCCAACCCUGAAGCGGCCAUCGUUCUUUGAGCGCGUCUAUCUAUUGUGACCUAGAGCCUGUUCCGCCCCGAUUUCGUCAGCUUUAGUCUGGAAUGUAGAGCUGGGAUGUCAAAGAGUUGGUCG